GCUCCGGCAGAGAAAAUGCGCUGGCAUUUGCAGUUCCAAACGCUCAAAAGACGCUCGAAAAGCACACACCGCCAAGCUCCAACAUCUUCAAUCGGAAUCCACGAAACCAACUAGAGCGCCACGAUGCCACCGCACAAAUGGACGGACGAGUCGCGGGACGCCUCCUGUUACUACGAGGAUGCGGCCGCAUCCCGCCUCCGCCGGCCGUCCUCAUCCUCCAACUCCUCCGCCUCGGCGGACCGCUCCGACGACGAGGCGGACGACGAGCGGGAGGCGUUUUGCUCCGGCGAACGACCGCUAAUCCGUUCCAGCGGCGCUGCGGAGGAAAAUCAUGGCUGUGGCCCAAAGACGCGUCACAUAUUCGGAUUCAUGGGCUUCCUGGGAUUCGCCGUGGUCUACGCGAUGCGGGUCAAUCUGUCGGUGGCCAUUGUGGCCAUGGUGAACCAAACGGCAAUUCCGCACAGCAAUUCAUCGGUGAUUGAUACGGACACGUGUCCACUGCCGGCACCGCAUCACAAUGGCAGCGAUCCGAAUCCGCAGAAGGAGGGCGAGUUUGUGUGGGACGAGGCCACGCAGGGAUUGGUGCUCGGCAGCUUCUUCUACGGCUAUGUGCUAACCCAAGUGCCCGGCGGGCGGAUGGCCGAGCUGUAUGGUGGAAAGAAGAUCUACGGCUAUGGAGUGUUGAUCACGGCGAUCUUUACGCUCAUAACUCCGCUGGCCGCCCACUGGGAUCUGCCGUUGCUGGUCCUGGUCCGCAUCCUGGAGGGAAUGGGCGAGGGCGUCACCUAUCCAGCUAUGCACGCCAUGCUGGCCCACUGGAUUCCGCCGCUGGAGAGGAACAAGUUCGCCGCAAUCGUCUAUGCGGGCUCCAAUAUCGGCACAGUCAUUUCCAUGCCGCUGGCCGGAUGGCUCUGCUCGCUGGACUUCCUGGGUGGCUGGCCGUCGGCUUUCUACAUCUUUGGACUGCUGGGCAUCCUGUGGUUCAUUGCAUGGAUGUACUUGGUGUACGACAAGCCCAGCGAUCAUCCCAGGAUCUCAGAAUCGGAGCGAGAGUAUAUCGAAAGGAGUCUACAGGUUCAGAGGCUAAUAAAUCAGGAUCUAGCGGAGCCCGAGGAAGAGGAGGGACAGGAUGAAGUGAGUCUGCGGGCGCCGCCGGAGGCACCGAUACCCUGGUCAUCGCUGCUCACAUCCGUGCCUCUGUGGGCCAUCUUGUUGACGCAAUGCGGCCAGGGAUGGGCCUUCUACACGCAGCUAACCGAGCUGCCCACCUACAUGAGCAACAUCCUGCACUUUGACAUCCAGUCGAAUGCUCUGCUCAAUGCGGUGCCGUAUCUAACCUCCUGGUUCGUGGGCAUUGCCUGCUCCGCCCUGGCGGAUUGGAUGCUAGCCAGACGCUACAUAUCGCUGCUGAACUCGUACAAACUGUGGAACACGGUGGCCUCGGUGGUGCCAUCACUGGGCCUGAUUGGCAUCAUCUAUGUGGGCUGCGAUUGGGUGUGGGUCACCUUUAUGCUGGCCGGCGUGGGCUCGUUCGGCGGCGCCGUCUAUGCUGGCAACCAGAUGAAUCACAUAGCGCUCAGUCCCCGAUAUGCGGGCACCAUGUAUGGUAUCACCAAUUCGGCGGCAAAUAUCUGUGGCUUCCUAGCUCCGUAUGUCAUCGGGCUAAUCAUCAAUCAUCGCGAGACUCUGACCCAGUGGCAUUUGGUCUUCUGGCUGGCGGCGGGCUUGAAUAUAGCCGGUAACUUCAUCUACCUGAUCUUCGCCAGCGCCGAGGAGCAAAGCUGGUCGAAGACACCACCCACACGCAACUCACGAUCCCAGCGCGCUUGAAGCAAGCCUAACUAUACGCUAUUUUAGCUAGAUCAUAAGCAUUUGUGAUAAUUCCGAUAUAUACACAUAUAUCCUACAUAUGUAUUUGCGCUUGAAGUUUUCCGGAUGCAGGACAAGAAUGUGGCUUCCAAAAAAAAAAAGAAACGAACGAAACUAGUGCUACCAAAUCGGAAUGGAAAAUCGAAAGGAUGUUAACUGUUUUAGUGUAUUAUAUACGUGUAUCGUCCUUUUAUAUGGACUUUUGUUUUGCUAGGCGUCUUUUUUGUAAACAAGUAUACCAAUACCAACUAUAUAUAUAUAUAUUUAUAUAUCUAUGAUAUACACGCUCGAAGGCACGUAGAUCUGUCGAAAUAAACAGCACAAACAUAUCGAACUGUGGCACCUGA